UGAUUGGCUCCCCGCUCGGCGCAGGCUGCGGUGGGAAAUUGGAAAGUAGAUUUGCGCGCCGCAGAGUUGGCGCCCGGGGAUUCAAACCGGAGGAACGCGGGAUCGGCGGCCUGAGGGGCACAUUUCCCAGCAUCCUCUGCGGGACACGUGUAUAAUUUCGCUGUGUUGGUUUAUUUACAGGUCAUGUGUAUGUGAGAAUAUUCUGAACCCCGGGCAAAUACAUACCUACUGCCCCCCAGCCAUGGAGGAGGGAUCUAAGGAAAACUGUGGGUUCAAUGGAAGUCCCAUGGGCAGCAGGUCCCCCCCAAAGCAGCUCACAUCUGCAGCCUCAGUGUUGGGGGAGAUCCAGAUUGCAGCCGCCAAUUUAAAGACCCCUACAAAGCCUCAGGAACGGAACAAUGCCGACCCCUGGACCCCAACGGCCAAUCUCAAAAUGCUGAUCAGCGCCGCCAGCCCCGAGAUCCGGAACCGGGAGCGAGAGAUCUUGGAGGAGCAGUUUUCUGGAGAUGAACUGGAAAAGACGCUGCCGAGCCGGAAGGAGAAGAGUUUGGGGUUACUGUGCCAUAAGUUCCUGGCACGCUACCCCAGUUACCCCAAUCCUGCUGUGAAUAACAGUAUCUGCCUGGAUGAAGUUGCUGGGGAGCUGAGCGUCGAGCGCAGGCGCAUCUACGACAUCGUCAACGUGCUGGAGAGUCUGCAUAUGGUCAGCCGCUUGGCCAAAAACAAGUACAUCUGGCACGGCCGGCUCAAUCUGAGCAAAACGUUCGACGCGCUGAAGAAGGUCGGCGAGGAGAACCGAUACGGGGAGCAGAUCCAGCUGCUGCGGAAGCGAGAGCAGGAAGAAUGCGAUUCCCAGAAUUCCCCCAAUGCGGAAACGCAAAAGCCUCUUGCUAAGCAGCCGGAAGUCGGGUUUGUGGAGCUGCCCGGAUUGGAGUUCCGAGCUGCGUCGGUGAAUAGCAGGAAAGAGAAGUCCCUGCGAGUAAUGAGCCAGCGCUUCGUGAUGCUGUUCCUUGUGUCGGACCCUCAGAUCGUUAGCCUGGAAGUUGCUGCUAAAAUAUUAAUUGGGGAGGACCAACUGGAGGAUUUGGACAAAAGCAAAUUUAAAACGAAGAUCCGGCGCCUGUACGAUAUCGCCAAUGUCCUGACCAGCCUCAAUCUCAUAAAGAAAGUCCACGUGACGGAGGAGAAGGGGAGGAAGCCGGCUUUCCAGUGGACGUGCCCGGAGUUGUGUACAGACGACCAAGAGAACAGAUCCAGCCCCGCUGCACUUACCCCCGUGGCCAUAGACCUGAGCUCCCCAAAGGAGAACUGUGCCAAAAACCUCUUUGCCUCCGGAGGCAAAACCUUUACCCGCCACCCGUCUCUGAUAAAACUCGCCAAAAGCAUCGAGAACGACCGCAGGAAGAUCAACUCGGCGCCCUCCAGCCCCAUAAAGAGCGGAGACGGGUCCUCCAGCGCAGCCUCCAAAAUGGCCCAACUUGCAGCGAUUUGCAAACAGCAGCUCCAGCAGUCCAGGGAUCAGACUAAGGUGAAGCUGAAGGUCUCCGCUUGCAAAGCCAAAUCCACCGUGAAACAGCCGGGGGGCUCCGAUAAGAACCAGACCCCCACCUACUGCCGAGCCAUCCCUCUGCUCCAUCCUCACCCCAGUGCUGCUCCCCCCUACACUGUCAUUGUGCAGCCCCCCCAGGAACAGACUCUCUCCAGGCAGAGCCCCCCAGCCCUGGCACAUUCUGUUCCUCUAGCUCAGGGCUACACGAAUAGAACCCCCCCAGAGGCGCCUUUACAGGGGGGGAGACACGAGGGAGACGGCACGUCGCACAGCGAGGAUCAUUCGGCCCAGGAGCGGCACCCCAAACGGCUCCCCGAGUCCGACCGCGGCUGCACCUCGAAAAGGAUGAAAAGUUCUGCGGUAGAUGAUGUGACAGAGACUCUCUAUCCGUCUGGUUAUCUAAUUCCCAUACAUUUGGCCCCAGUGGCCCCUGAACCCAGUAAAGAGAACACGGGCCCCUCCUCGGAGAACAAGCUCUUUACCUCCCCAAUUCCAGGAGUCUUCCCUCUCAAGCUUAUGUUCUCUCCCGGCCCGGUGACGGCGGUUCCGGUUAUGAGCCGCGGCGGGCAGCACGUUGGAGGUGGGUCGGGUUCUGCCUCUAGGAGCCCCAGCCCGGGAAUGUUCACUUUCGCCCUACAGAACAGAGAGCUGAUCUCGGCAGGACUCCCCCAAGGGGCUACCGUGUCACCGCGCAAUGGGAGGGGCCAAGAGGAGCUGUCUGCGGCUUCAGUGUUAAACUGUAAACAUGUGUCCCCAGUGCCUUAUCACGGGCAGCCAUUCACCGUAUUUGCCUUGCAGCAGUCGGCCGUUCCUGUGACCCCCAAAGGAUAUCACUCCCUGCAGGAAACGUUCUUCCGUACCCCGGGGGGCAUGGGCUGCUCCCCCCCAGAAUCUGCACGGAAGCUGGAUGUCGGCACAGACGAUUAAACUACAGCCAAGCUGAAAAUCAAGGAUAUGAGAGACAUAGACAGGCUUUGGAUCUGCUGCAGAACUACAACUCCCAGCAUCCCCGGCGUGCCAAAGGAGACCUAUCCACUUCUGUAGAAGUUUUUUUUUUUAACUUAUUUUUUUUUUCUAGAGUAUUUUUGGCAUCAAAAAAUUUUUUAAAUCAGGUACUGAGUGAUUGUUAGCACUGUGCCUAAUCCCUUCCCAGCAUUAAUAUUCCUCUGAUCCACUUGAAUGGCCACGGUCUGUUUCUCAUGCUCUAGGGGAGGGGCCUAGAUCCUCUAGAGGAGGAGCCUAGAUGCUCUAGAGGAGGAGGAGCAUAAUGGAGACACUGCCCAGAUAUAUAAAUAUACUGUGUAUAUACACGGCGCAUCAAACGCAGCCCCCCCAAUGGUGUUAACCCCCUGACAGCCAUGUGGGGCCCUGCAAUUUGAUGAUAUGUGAAAUACAGAUAUUUGCACAAUGACCAUACUGUGAUGUAUAUACAGUGUUAUGUUUUUUGUUUUUUAUAAAUUACCCCCCUCCCCCCCCCCAAAGGGGUUUGUGGUUUUAAUUGUAUGACUGUGCAGGAGAAGCUGUUAUUGUAUUGGGUGGAACAGCAAUGCACUCAAUCAGGAUUUUUUUUGGGGGGGAGAAAUACAAUUAUUUAUAUAUAAAAUAUUCUCAAUGAAAUUAAAAUUUUGUUGUUGAAG